AUGAGACUGAGUGAGCCCGAUUGCACUGUUAAGGCCCCCUUGGAGCCAACAGCUAAAGUCAUUCAGAAAAAAAGAUCCUCAACGGCAGCUAAAUUAGACAUACCAUCAAGUAUUGAGCCAGAAGCAUCUACUUCUCAACAUUUUAUAUCAACGACCACUUGUAAGAGAUAUAAACCUGACCCUCUAAUAAUAUCUAGCCCAUCUAUUUUACCUGAGUUAGUCGAACCAGUUUCUUCAAAUGUAAAAGACCAUAUUGAGCUCUUGGAAAAUAUUGAUUUACUUUCUGACAAUAAUAUCGAGGUUGAUACUGAUGUAAGUAAUACUCAAAAAAGUCUUACUUGUAUAUACUGUGACCAAAAAAGUAAAAGGCACAAGUCCAAAAGAUUGUCUCUAAUUUCCUCUGACCAUAAAGUUUUUUUAUCUAGAGUAAAGGAACAAAAUGAAAAUCAUACAGAGUUUAUUGAUAAAAUUGUGAAUUAUUCCCAUCCUCAAAUAUAUUAUCAUAAGAUCUGUCAAUUAAAUUUCUCUUACAAAGCUUCAUCAAACAAGAAAACUCCUAAAACCGAUUGGCAUGAUCUUCGUCAACAACAUCAAGCUGCUUUUGGUGAAAUAUGUUCCUUUAUCGAAGAAAAUAUAAUUCAAAAAGGACGGUGUUACUUUUUGACUUAUAUUUUUCAGUAUUAUAUGGGAUUAUUAGAAGAAAGUAAGGAAAAUAAUGGUAAAGAAAUUGGAGGGGAUUUCAAACCACAUACCUUAGAAUCCAAAAUUCGGAAAAAAUUUGGUAAUGAAAUAAAAUAUUUUAUGAUUCACCAUACAAUAUUAUUAGCGCCGAAAAAUUUAGAGGCUAUUGAUGAGCAAUUAUAUGAAAGAGAAAUAUCUGUGCCAGAAGAUCUGCUGCAGUUUUACUCCACUUUGAUAGUCGGUAAUAAUCAAAAACGUAAAAAUAAUCCUAAUUGCAUCCAUCAAGUCAAGUCACUCUGUGAAGACGUCGUCUACGGUAUUUACAAUGAAAAAAUAAAAACACCAAAGCACAUUAUGCUCGGAAUGGCUUUAAAAAAUCUAACGAGUAGCCACGAAAUUAUUGAUAUAAUACAUGGAUAUGGGCAUUGUAUCAUAGUUAUCCAGAAGCGGAAGAGCUCGAAACAGAAGCAACACAUGAGUCAGUAG